ACUACAUUGUGCAGAGGAGACGGUGACAGUGGAGGUCGUAGAAGUCGGCUCCUGGGGAGUUAUCCUGUAGACAUGGCAGUGAUCACAGAUGAUUCUCCUGCCCACGAGAAAACAACUCUUGUAGACAGCAAUUUGAUUGACUAUGGCACACCUAUCGAGGAGGAGGGAUUUUCCAUAGACAAAACAAGCAAAAAGUUCCAUCAACCUUGCAAGAUUGACCAGGAUGCGGAAGAGAAGUCUCCACCUCCAGAAACUGUCACAGAAUCACCCAUUCCUCUACCGGUUCAAAAAAUGGAGAAGAAGAAAAGGCAGAGGAAACGUAAAAGAAAGAAGAUAAAGGCAGUGGUAGUCAUCAAGGGGCGACGUACUAAACCUGGUACUUUGUCUGGAAAAUACCGCCUAAAGUUGCCUAAAACAUUUACUGGAAAUUGCCUUCCCCUUAUUGCCCUCUGCUUGUUUUGCCAGUGCCAUCUGGUUCACUCUGGAUUCCAGUGUGCAAAUUAUUUUCGAGUAUCAGAUUUUCCGGUAACCCUCAGCAAUAAUGAUCAGAGCUUUUUCUUUGAAGAGCCCACAUUCUGUCCAGAAAGAGUUUUUAUUUUUGGGUCCUGCUUGGCUUGUAUUAGAGGUUCAUCUCUGGAAAUUAAUUGCACCAAUGCUAUGGAUAUUCAGGUCAAAUAUGGGAAAGGAAAUUUGGAUGGCCCCCUCGUCCCAAUUAUUUGUAAAGUGAGUAAAACAUCCGUGGAGGAUGAAGAUGAAGAUGUUGAUGUCGAGAUCUCUGGCAGUGUUCCAGUAACAGAUUUUCCAAUUGUUAUUAAACAAGAUGACCAGAUCAAAACUUUUCAGGAACAUGAAGCUAUAUUUUGCCCACAGAGAGUGGGCAUACUGAAGAGCUGCUCUGCUUGCUUCAAGAACAAGUCAUUGCUGGAAAUUUCCUGCAGAAAAAAGGGGGAUGAAGAAAAUAGACAAUUGUUUGUUGAGCAUGGGAAAGGACAAGGCAUCACUGACUAUGUGGAACUGAAUACUAAAGAGUGUCAAAAAAACAAGACUGGUGUGAGGGAAAGACAAAGUGACCGUUCCGAUGGUAAGACUUCUGCAGAAAAAAGUGCAGCUAGUGAAGGAAUAUCACGGAUAGACGGGGGUCUACUUGUAAUAUGUAUAAUGGCUCUUCCUGCCAUUUUGGGAUUUUUGUGACCCAUGUGGAGGAUUCUCAACAUAUUUUGAAGGGAUCUUUACCAGAUCCACAUUUUGGCUUUGGAGAGCUCUACAAUGUUCUUACUGUACUAAAUUGUCCCUAUGCAAAUCUUAUAUUUUGUUUGAAACCUAAAUUUCUUUUAACUCUCCUCGUUUAGAUUUUGCAAACUAUUCUACUGUAUUGUAUGUUCAUGUUCUCUAUUUAACCCCUUUCUGACAUCUGCCAUAUAUCUUAAAGUUUUUAAAGAUGGCGCCCACUCUGGAGUGGAGUGAGCGCCAUAGCUGCGUACACCCAGAGCUAAUGUCUGCAAUUGGCGGUAAAGCCAUUCGUGGACAUUUACCUGCUCAAGGUAAAGGUAAAAAAAAAAAAAGAACCAUGCAAUUUCGGGGCAGGAACGCCUUCCCCUGGCUGAGAUUGGGUAAGGCGUUCCAUCAUCUCCCCCCCCCCCCCAUUUCACCCUACUUGGAAUUUCCUUUAGCUUCCCACAAUAUCAUAUCUAUUAUUAAAUGGUGGCAUUAGAGAGUACAACUUUUCCUGCAAAAAACAAGCCCCCCUAAGGUGAAUGGCUUUGGGAACCACAUAAAUGUAAAUUCACCAUGUCUGGAAGGGGUUAAAGAGAUAUUCGCUCUGCUGCAGAAGAACAUUGCCUCUGCAUGCUGAAAAACUGGUUUUAGGUUCUUUCUUUUGAACUGUAGGAAUAAUGAAAUUGCUGUCUUCCAUAUGUACAAAUGUCCAAAAACAGGGGUAAAAGAUGUAGGAAUAAGUCAAGUUGUAUAGUUGUCGACAGAAAUGAAGGAAGUUGUUUGAAUAAAGUUGGAAAUUGAAGAAUAAGAGAAGGGCUUGGGUAUUCUGGUUACAAGCAAGCUAGGCAACAGUACUCAAUGUCACACAGCAGUUGCAAAGCAAAUAAGAUUACAGAGUAAAAAGAGAGAUACAAAUGUGUGAUCCCAACAUAAGCACAGGGGGGCCUAGUAGAAAAGAAGGGCUUGGUCUUAGGAGGCCAGAGGCUGUCACCCAGGGCAGAUGGUCCUGGUAUAUGUUUAGGAGCUCAUGCUCUCUUGAUGAGCCUUGGGUUAUCUCUGCAACUUUCCUGGAGAGAGGAUGUUCUGGCCACACAAUAGUAAAGGGAAUGAGACCAGCCAGGAAAAGGCCCCUCUUUUCAAGGGCCCAAUAAAAACUGCAUGAGCUGCUUUCAUGGUAGGUAGGACUUUACUCAUUAUCGGUUAACACUUUCAGUUUGGUCAAAAAGGAGCGAUAUAUCUAUGGAGCAAGUGGUAUCAGAAGUGAAAAACUACCGGUACCUCUGCUCAUCUUGGGGGAAACAAAAUGUCUGAUCCUGGCUACCCCUGACAAGAUCCAUUUAGGACAUUCAAGUAGACACUAGAUUAUUGGCAGAUCCCAUGAAAGUAGAUUAGACUUACACCAUAAAAAUACAGACCUAGACAACUCUGAGGUUUUCGUUGACCUUUUUCAUGUGGUUUGUGGAAAGCCACAUGUGGGACUGUAAAUAUUAACAAAUCUGCUAUUAUAUAUUAGGACUAAUACACAAUCAGCUUCAUGUACUAUCAUUAUCAGAAGAGUAUCUCUGUCUCACUGGAGGACCGAGGAGAGCAUUGAUUUCAAUAGAAACUGUGUAAUACCUAGUUCCCCCUGCAGUGGUGCUGCAGGGAAAUGUAACACUUGCUGCCCAGUUCCUCCACAGAUUACAGUCAAUCACUGGGGUCUCAGAAGUAGGGCAACCUGUGAUUAUCUUAUUUUUUCCAGUGAUCCUUCUAACUAAAAACUUUUAUGGAAAUAAUUAAAGGGGUUUUCUGAGACUUUAAUACGGAUGACAGAUCCUCUGGAUAGGUCAUCAGUAUCUGGUCAGUGGUGGUCCAACCCCAAGACCCCUGCCGAUCAGCUUUUUAAGAAGGCACCGGAGCUUAGAUGCAAUAGUUCCGUUUCCUUCUCUUUUCCUAGGCCAUGUUAACUUAUCACAUUCAUCGGUCACGUGGCCUAGGCGCAGCUCAGCCCCAUAGAAGUCAAUAAGACUGAGCUGCAAUACCAAGUAUGGCCACUAUACAAUGUACAGUGCUUUGCUUGGUGGGCAGAGAGAAGGCUGUAGCGCUCACAGGAACUCUGGUGCCUUCUCAAGCAGCUGAUCAGAUAAAGUUUUAAAAAACUCUUUUAAUUCUUGCACAUGUUUUAUGAAUACAUUCAAAGACACGUGUAGAACCUGGUAUAAGGCCAAUUGUACACUGGUAGAUAGCCUGGCUCUGAUUAACAUGUUUUGGCUGCUGCACGAAUUGUAUGUGUAUUUAAGUUCUCUCGUUGUUUUAAUUAAUCUGUAUUUAAGUCAUUAAGAUUUGGAAGGCCAAGGAUUAGUCUAGUCAAUCUACAAGAAAGUAACAAUCGGGGUAUUUGGACAGUUCCAUUUACAUUUUCUUAUGUUGUGGUAUCUCAGAUUAGUUGGAUGGACCUCUUCGGCCCCUUGGGACAACAAGCAUUGAUCAAAAUACUGUAAUACAACAUUUGUUGGAAUCUAGGGAAGAGAAAGGGAGUUCUUUUCCUCCAAUACAGAUGAUCCAUAAAAUGUGUCAGGUGUUCAGAAUAUGCUCAAGUCAGAAAGAUUUUGCAGUUUGGAGGAAUCAAUUACUGGGAGAGUGUUCUAAGUUGAUGGGAUCCGAUAAGUGGGAAAAACUAGGUUUGAAGACGUUAUACUGAGAAACAAUUCAAGUUCUUUGACCAGUUAAAUAAUAAAAAAAUUUUUUUUUCCAGCAUUUACAGUUAACAUUGACAAGUUCCAACCAAGGGCUUACUUUAAAACCAGCUUUUAUAGAGGUGGUAGUAAUCUUAAAGGGGUUACCCAUAAGCAAUGUUAGAAAACAAAAUCAAGACAUCAUAAAGCUAACAAAGCUAGAACUAGCCCUGUGCCUCACAUGGAUCUAGACAUCCUGAUGGUGGUAGUUGGAGGACAGAACUGAGCAUGUGUGUCCACCUCAGUGAUGUUACUGAGGUGGACGGAGAAAUAAGGAAAAUAAGUAACAGUAGGUAGGGCCAAACAGAUACAUUUUAUGAAAUACAUUUUUAAUAUGUUCAUACAAAGGUAUUCAUAUCCAGGUGCUGGUUUGAAAAGUCCAGUAGAUUUUUUUUAUAGGACAGCACCUUCCAACCAAUCCAAGUUCAAUCCAACCAAAUUGAUUAUAAAAAAAAAAAAAUAAUGUGUUCAAAGUUUUGCAAUCAUGAAGAUACAACAUUAGACAAUCUUUUUAUUCUAUUUUCUCUUCUUCUGCCAUCUGGGGAAUCAGGUUGGGGUGUGGAUGGGGAGAGCUUAUUAAGUAAUCAUGUAUAAUAUAGUGUGUUUUGUUUUACAAUAUAAUUUGAAAAUGAAUAAAAGACAAUAAGAAAACAUUGCAACAAACUGCAGCCUUGUGAGGCACAAUUGACUUUUUAGCUUUUGAUUUUAAACAUUGCUUUCGUUCACUGACAGCAAGCUGAGCUUUCAUUUAUCUGAUAAAAGUUAGCAUUUUAUAUGUAUGAUGAUUUAGUAUAUACCAAAAUAUUGAUUAAAAUUGGAUUUCUAUAUGA